UGAAGAGCAGAGACUAGAGUGGGAAAGCCAUAGAUGCACAACACCAUCUCUCAUGGUCUCUUCCUCUUAGUACGCCACGCACCGCAUCUAAUUUCACCAUUGUGCUGCCUGAUUCUGCGUUUAGGGUUCACUGUGAAUCUGAAAUUCAAUAUAAACAAAAGCGAGAGAGGAACAGAUUCAAAGAUCGUAAAACGAUUUUCAGUAUCGGGGAGUAGAGGAACAGAUUCGAGCAUCCAGAGAUCAAUUUAUGCAGAGAGCGAGAGAUUUGCAGAUUCAAAGAUCGUAAAACAAUUUCCAGUAUCGGAGUAUCGGAACAGAUUCGAGCAUCAAGAAAUCGUGAAAAUGGAGGAUUUCAAGCCAUUAUUUCAUAGAGAAGCAGAAAAUUUGUUCGAGAAGAAGGAAAGGAUUCGAACCCGAUAUAGGUAUGGCCUUUGA